AUGGGUGCCUUUCGUCAUAUAAGAAAUAAAGCUGCUAGAAAUCGAGCUCGAUUCACAAUUGUUUCCAUAUCACUCGAACAUCGCGUACUGCCAAUAAAUGGCUACGACUAUUUCAUCGAUCGAAUACUAGGCCACGGUUCAUUCGGAGCUGUUUAUGCAGCACGACGAUCUAUUGAUGACAGUCCAGUGGCUAUCAAAGUCAUUUCGUUAGCAACGAGAAAUAAUGCACUAUCCGUGCAGAAUUCCGAAGCUGUUCUCAAUGAAAUUCGAAUGGCCAGACGAUUAGCGCAGACAUCGGAUCAUAUUAUUCAUAUGUACGAUUUCGAUUUCCAUUUUCAAACUGGCCUAUCUUUUAUUGUAAUGGAACUUGGCCAACAAGAUCUGGAGAAAUAUCUUUCACAACGACUGGUAAUGCCACCGUUAGAAAGAAAAGCGAUAUGGCAACAGUUAGUUGAUAUCGCUGUUACACUGGAAAUGAAUCUAAUUGUACAUUUCGAUAUUAAACCACAAAAUCUUGUCAUGUUUCCAGAUGGAACCGUCAAAUUGGUCGAUAUGGGCAUUGCACAGAAAGCAUACGGGAGAAGAAUGGGACCCAAUGGCAGUGCGCCAUACUCAGCACCCGAAGUAACGCUCAUACCACAACAUCACAUAACGUUGAAUACAUCAAAAGCUGAUGUCUGGUCAUGGGGAGCGGUGCUUUAUCGUAUGACGUAUAUGGCACCACCUGAUUAUCAUGAACCAUGUUAUCGUCCACCGUUAAAUCAACAUCAAACACGUGAUCUACAUCUUCACGAUAUACUUCGACACACACUUGUUCUUGAUUCCCAACAGAGACCGAAUGCAUUUUGGUUUCUGACACAUCCUUACACUUUAUUGCCUUAG